AGUGGUGGUGUUAAUACAUUUUAUAUUCGGGUUACCAUAUUACGUAUCGAUUCAAUGGUAUUUCUUUUUAGACACUCUGUAUAUGAGAUAUUCUGAAGUCAUCCUUUUGCUUUGUUUACAAUCGUGAUUGAACGAACAGGUAGCAGCAGGUGUUUGGAGGAACGAGGUACAGCUUGAAGCGACAGCUGUUAUUAGUAAAUAACCAAGGAUUCAAACAUAGACUUAAACGUAUAUGCAAGAAACAUCUAUACAUCCUGCGAAGGACCUAUACAUAUACAUAAAGAUACUAAAGGAACUGGAAAUAUCACGUGGCGUCUCUCACCUUCACCUGCCACAGUUACAAUAAUCAAAUUAAUUGAUUUUAAAUCAGACAUUUCGAGUGAUGCCAGCUGCAUGAACACUUCCUGCUGUCAGGACUUCGUCACGAUUGAGAUAGCAAACGCAACAAAACUCUUAUUUUGCAACAAAACGUCAAUUCCACCGUUCCGUCCGAGAGGAAAGGACAUAACAAUUCGCCUCGUUUCUGGUAAGGACGCUAAGGCAUCGUCGAGGAUACGCUUCACGUUAUUCUAUUCCGUAAGAGAUGACGUCAAAACAACUUGUGCAGAAACAGAAUUAGAAUGCUUGGACGGAAUGGGCUGUUAUAACGUUCAGGAUGCUUGCAACUCGAAAUUUGAAUGUAACGACCAUUCGGAUGAAAUAAAUUGUGGUCACUGUCCAGAAAAUAUGGCAAUGUGCAAUAUUAAUUUUAAAAGACGAUGCUUUAAUCCAAGUAAACAAAGAUGUGAUGGAGAACUAUCAUGUCCAUUCGGUGAAGAUGAGAUAGGAUGCUCGCCAAAAUGCUCAGAUGGCCUAUCCUGUACGAAUGGGUUCCAGUGCAUAAAAAAGGAUAAGAUAUGUAACGAUAUCGUCGACUGCUCUGACAAAAAGGACGAAGAAAACUGCACUCAACGUUUUUGUGGAGAUUCUUAUUACCAUUUUCUCUGUACCAACAAAAGAUGCAUUAGAAAAUCUGUUGUAAACAACGGAUUCGACGAUUGUGGGGACGGUAGUGAUGAAACUGAUAUUUACAAUCAACAAAAUAAUCACAUCAUAGUACUGUCCAUCAUUUUCACAUGUUGCAUUCUACUUGUCGUUUGUUGCGGAUUAGUAAUGAAAUGGAGAAAAACAAGAAUUAAUGUCAACGACGUUUUAGCCGACCUUCCUCAGUUCCCUUUAUCACCAUUCAGAGGUCCACGGGAAAAUGAACAGACAGAAACUGAGGUGCAAUACUCGGAAUCUGACUUCCUUUUUGGUGGGCCAAUAUAUGAAGAAUUCGCGGAUGUUCGUAGGAGAAGUGAGAGACGUAGAAAGAAACGGAAUCAAAAAAGGACAGAACAACAAGAAGCCAACAGGCGAAAGAAUUUUAUGUCUGAUGGAAUAACAAUUGCAAAACCCCAUGAGAGUGGAGAAGAACACACCAAUGACAAUUUUUCAAUAAGCAUGACAAUAAGUAACAAUUCUAUCUCAAGCACUCACAUCAACGACAGUUUCCUGUUUAAGUAUUAUUUUGAUUCAUUUGUCGAUUCUAAUCAGUCACUGUGUUAAUAAUAAAUGGUACCAAUAAAGAAAUUAACUUCUUGACGGGGUUAUGACUGUUAAAAAAAAUUGUACUUAUUUAAUUAGUUGGACAACUGAAGCAAUUAAGAAUUUCAGAACAUCCUAGAACGUGUCUUACGAACGAACACAACAAUGUCACUAACAGAUAAUAAAAUACUUGGAAAACUGUUAAAGAACACACAAGGGAAGUGAAAGUGUGUAUUCCACAUUUUUGGCUGAAACGAUUCCAAAUGUGUUUAAUUAGAUUACUGAAAGUUUACGAGCUCAACAGUUGCCAAUGACACAGAAAACUGCGUAAAACGGAGAUGUUUUGUUUGGGAAUUCCGAACUAUGAAUCAUGGAUUCCGGCUUUUGCAUACAGGGCGCUCCGAAAGGGAAAAAGAGAAGCAACGUUCAAGUCAAAGGUUACGGGUGCUGCAGAACUAUCGAAAAUAUUGGAUAUUAUAUAUUUACUUUUGUAACACAAUUACUACAAUAUAUCAAUAUGGCUGUUUAUAGAGAGCCGUGACCAACUCUCGAUGAAACGCCGGGAAUACAACCCUAGCACCAUAAAUGACGAUUCCCAGAUCUGCCUUCUGACUGAGAAGAUUGUCUCGCUGCAGAAAAAUAUAU